AUGCCCACAAGGGGAAAACCAGGAAAACCGGCCUCUUUUGUUUAUCAUCAGUUUAUAAGGUUAGAUGAUACUCGGUCCCGAGGAGAUAAAAAUUAUCGACUUUAA